UGGGUCCAUAAAUUAGUAAAUAUCCCACUAUCCCUAUGCACAAACCUUAAAGGCACAAUCUGGACCAAAUUAAAAAGAAAAAAAAGAAAAAAACCAAAAAAACAGAAGCCGUUAAUAUUGCUAGCAUAAUCAUGCAAUCAAACACUUUCCAAUUCAUUCUUUUGAUCAUUUUCUUGAUCUCACCUCAUUCUUUGUCCUUCAACUCCGACGGAGGAGGGAUGACCUCAUCCAAAACCUCUUCAUCCCCUAGCGGAGGAAGUGGUGCAGCUCAUGCACCUAACUGGGAUUAUACCUGGGGUCGGGGUUCUAGCCCUGGAGGAGGAUGGGGUUAUGGCUCCGGGUCAGGUAGGUCACCUGAUGGAUUAGGUCGAGGCUGGGGUUUUGGUUUUGCAUCCGGGAGUACUGGAUCCGAUACUGGCUAUGGUGGUGGUGGUGAUAAUCAUGGUGGUGGUUAUGGAGCUGGAGAUGGUUAUCGUGGUAGUGAUGGUCGUGCUGGUGAUGGUUCAGGAGGAAGAGAGAUGCCCUCGCCAGAAACACCUUCACCUUCUAGUGGAGGAAGUGGUUCAGCUCAUGCACCUAACUGGGAUUACAACUGGGGUUGGGGUUCAAGCCCUGGAGGAGGAUGGGGUUAUGGUUCCGGCUCAGGUAGGUCUCCUGAUGGAUUAGGUCGAGGAUGGGGGUUUGGUUUUGGGUCUGGUACUGGCAAUGGAUAUGGUUUUGGUUUUGGUUCUGGUUCUGGUCGUGGUGGUAGUGAUGGUCGUGCUGGUGGUGGCUCAGGUGAAUAUGGUGGCGAUAAUGCGCCAUCGAUUUCAAAGGAGAGAGAUCAUCAUGGGUAAACAUAUAUACUGUGGAUGUGUACUACUACACGUUCUUGUUACGAAUAUAUAUAAAAGAGUAUGGUAAACUUUAAUGCACGUGUGUAAUAGGGUUUGAUAUGUAUAGUACAGAGAACACCAUGAGAAUAUAUAGUAAAUGAGUAUAAUAAUGGAAUAUAUAUAUAUAUAUAUAUAUAUAUAUAUAUAUAUAUAUAUAUAUAUAUAUAUAUAUAUAUAUAUAUAUAGUUAUAUGAUGAAUGUUUACAAAAAACAUUUUGAGUUUAUAUUCUAAGAAUUAGUGAAGUUAAUGUGUUUGAAUCAAACAGUUUGAUUAUAUUUCGAGUGUUUGUGUACUGAGGAUAUGUAGCAAAAUAUAUGCAAUGCAUAAUCAAUGUAUUAUUUGUUAUACAGAUACACUGAUUAUACAUUUGUUACAUGCUGAGUAUACAUCGAAAUUGUGUUAGUGGAAUAACUAGAAGUACACUGUUAAAAUCCCUAUAUAUAAUGUAUGGUUUGACUUUAAUUGUUCCCAUAUUAUGUGAGUACUUUCCAGAACAAUUUGUUGCCUAUAUAUAUUUGACCCCGCAUUAGAUCA